GGCCGGCGGCGGCCGGGCGGUGAGGGGGGUGCUUGGCGAGGGCCGGGCCGGAGGCGGCGGGCGGGGCGAUAAGAGUUGGUGUGGGUUCGCCUUCCGCCUUAGUACGGCUGGGCGACCGCGGUGGGGACCGUGGGGAGAGUAGCUGUGGCACCGCUGUUGCUGCUCGGCGGCGUAACUCUCCCCGGUGCGGAGCGCGGCCCUUCCCUUCACCUCAGGCCCAGCGGCGGCGAUGGGUUCCCGGGCGUCUACACUGCUGCGGGACGAGGAGAUCGAGGAGAUCAAGAAGGAGACGGGCUUCUCCCACAGUCAAAUCACCCGCUUGUACAGUCGCUUCACCAGCCUAGACAAAGGAGAAAAUGGCACUCUUAGCCGUGAAGACUUCCAGCGGAUUCCAGAGCUUGCCAUCAAUCCACUGGGAGACAGAAUUAUCAAUGCCUUCUUUCCAGAAGGAGAGGACCAGGUGAAUUUCCGUGGAUUCAUGAGGACACUAGCCCACUUCCGACCCAUAGAAGAUAAUGAAAAGAGCAAAGACCAGAAUGGACCUGAACCACUCAACAGCCGAAGUAACAAGCUCCACUUUGCUUUUCGGUUAUAUGAUCUGGAUAAAGAUGACAAGAUUUCCAGGGAUGAGCUGCUUCAGGUAUUACGGAUGAUGGUUGGUGUAAACAUUUCAGAUGAGCAGCUGGGCAGCAUUGCUGACAGGACAAUCCAGGAAGCUGAUCAAGAUGGGGAUAGUGCCAUCUCCUUUGCAGAGUUUGUAAAGGUUCUGGAGAAGGUGGAUGUAGAGCAGAAAAUGAGCAUUCGAUUUCUUCACUGAUGGAUGGAGAACCUAUUGCUUUCUACCCCUACUUAUAUAAUGAAUAAACUUCAUUUUCUCCUUA